UUUGCCUCCAAAGACAGUCUCGUAAUACAUCUGAAGACUCACAAGACUUCUGACUCUGAGUUGUCUGUCGUUACAAGUGUUGAGACAUUCUCGUGUCAGCUCAUAGGCUGUGGGAAGAGGUUUACUUCCGACGAAAGUCUCAAAAUACAUCUCAAGACACAUAUAUUCAUAGGCUGUGGGAAGAGGUUUACUUCCGACGAAAGUCUCAAAAUACAUCUCAAGACACAUAUAAGAUAUAACACGGACUCAGAAAUUAUUAAAAUUUUUAUGAAUGAAGAUAUUAUUAUGUCCUCCGAUGAGAACAUACGCGAUGGCACUGAAAGUGAGACAAAAACCAAAGCAAAUGUUGAAUUGAAAACUACUGGAAGUACUAAACAAGUGGUGAAAAGCGAUGAUAAGAUUACCACCAAAUGUGUGAAUAAACUAUUUUUCUGUAAACUGUUCGGCUGUGGAAAGCUAUUCAAAACCAAAGACACGUUUGAUCUUCACUUGAAAACCCAUUCCUCGGAAGCCAUCAAUGGCUCAAAUAACUCAAGUGUUGACACGAGUUGUCAAAUCCCUUUACCACUGACUGAGGCAUCAAAUAGUGGUACAAAAUCUCUUAAUCCUGAAGUGACUCCAAAUAAAACAACUCUUUCAUCGACUUCACCACCAGUUGUGUCACGAAAGGGAAGUAAUAAACGGAAACGACUUCUGGUAGCCAUUGAACCCCAGAAACCAUUCAAAUAUGAUGUCAACGACAGUGCGGAACAGUUUACAUAUGAUGUAGAGAUGGAUAACCCAUUAGGAACUCAUAACUCGACAAAUAUUCACUGUUUGGACACUAACUGCGAGUUUGUCACCGAAAGUGAGACUCAAUUGACUGAACACAUGGCGGACAAGCACUCCAUCACUAUAUUGGAGUGUAAUUACGAGUCAUGCGGUCGUCUCUUACCAUCUGAAGAGUUAUUCACAGAACACGUGAAACUGUUCCACAAGAAGACGAAUGUCACCAAAAGGGACGCAAAGAGUACUACAAAACGAGACACAAACAGAGCCACUGACACGUCCGAAGAUAAGAGUGAAACAAGUGAUGAGACAAUUAAUGACACCAUUGAAGACUUUAUCACGAAAAGCAGU